AAAUGAGAAUAAUCCUUUCUAAAAAUUAAAAUUGACUGACGCAAACGUGAAUUCUUUAUGUUUUUAUUGAAAACAAAAUAGUGCUGACGCCGUACGACCGUACGGCAUGGGUUUUUCGCUUUCCAAACAAGGCGUGCGCGCUCCCGCGGCAGGGUGAACGAAAUCUCACGGGGAAACCAAAUCGAGCACAACAUCUGCACUCAAGACAAGCAAGUGUACCCCUACACCAUCAGGACUCCCUCCCCCAGCUUUUACACUACCAGGGAAUGAUCCUGUGGGAAGUCCCGACGAAUGGAUUCAUAUGUGGACUUAGCUCUGAUUAAUAAAUACCGCUGUUGCAUAAUAUACACGAGGCUGCUUUUACGCCGUUCUUCAAUCUUUGUCGCAGGCGCGUUGUGUGACGUAAUGUAUGGGAACAUGCUGCCGUCUCCUGGCCAGAGUUUGAAAACGCAACAUCGGGAUCUAUUUUAAAAGAGCGUGACAGGAAGCGGCCUCCUGGAUUUCCUGCGUCCUUAUCGGAAGACAGGAAGAGGAUGAAGAUGGAGGGAGAGAAAAAGGACCAUGGAUUUGUUUCCAAGGAGGAAGGAAAAGGGAGUUAGGUUGAGGAGCAGCAGGAGGAGGAAAUGCCUCCAGAUAUCAGGAACUGGUGUGCAUUUGUGCAGAAGCGUAUGGUCACAGUGGCGGCGGCGUGCGGGACGGAGAAAUACACUAUCAAGUCCCAAAGUCCGUGUCCCAGCGGAACACCGGACUGUCAUCUGGUCAUGUACAAGCUGUCCACUCGGCCGCUCUACAAGCAGGAGCGGAAGGUGACCACGGCUCUGUUGUGGAGAUGUUGUCCGGGUCACGGAGGAGACAACUGCGACGACACGGUGGCUGAUGCACAGAACGACUCAACGAGCUCCGAAGUCCGGAGAGCGGCCGCCUUUCCCCAUGCUGCUGGCGUACUUCCCCAGCAACAGCACAGCGACCCAAACAGACAGCAGAACGACCACCAGGGCUCGGUCAACAUCAGUCACGGUCAGCUUCCUGUCCGUGCAAACAAUCGGGUCCACUCUCAACACCACGACAGCGCUCAAGAUCCUGCCUAUGGAGCAAAGCAAGACAGCGCUCAAGAUCCCGUCUACGGACCAAACCAGGACCGUGCUCAAGAUCUCGCCUACAGACCAAGGCAGGACCGCGCUCAAGAUCCCACCCACGGACUAAAUGGAGACCAUCAGGCACAUGUUGCGCAUCAGGACCACGCUCAGCAUCCAAACCAAGUUUUGCACCCUGUCCAAGUUCAAGAUCAGGACCCCACACAGCAGCCUUCCCAUGUACAGUAUCCCGUCCAGGUCCAGGAUAGGGACCCUGCUCAGAAUUCUGCCCAUGUCCGUGUCGAGGAGGGCAACCUCACACAGCGUCCCGUUCAUGUCUGGACUCAGGAACACAUGCCACAACCUGCUAGAGAACCCAAGCAGCCAGAGCACCUUCGUCCCGGUGCAUACAAGGAGGCGGAGCCAGGGUCUGGUUCCACAGUCCCCGCAGCAGAGGUGGCUCUCCCCCACAUGGUGGCGCUGCUGACAUUGCAGUUGCAGCCCUCCCUGCAGCUCUUCAACCGCUCGCUGGAGCAGCUCGGCCGGCGGCUGGACGACCUGACCCGAGACGCGGCCCAGCUGGAGGCCGCCCGGCGCCGGGAAUGGGCUGAGCGUGCCGACUACGAGCAACGACUGAACGCCAGGGUAGAGCAGAGCGUCCAGCAGGUGGCGACGCUGCACAGGCGGCUGGAGAGCGCCUUGCGCUCCCAGCAGGCGAUGCUGCACCACAACAUCAGCAACGUCAAGAGCUACCUCAUGGUCAGCCUGCAGGCCAUGAACACCACCUUGGCAGAGCUCAAGCUGGACCAGGCGGUGGGGCAUGAGCAGGAGCAGGGAGAGCAACAAGAAGCCGAAGUGGAGGCACCCCUGGGGGAAGUGCGGCUGGCAAUAUCGCAGACGUCAGCUGUGUGGGAGGCCAUCGGGCGUCUGGACAACAUGGUGCUCAAUACCACCGUCAGGGUGGACGAGCUGGCGGAGGACCUGGCGGCGACUCGGGGCGGCGUCGAGCAGGUGCGUCGUGACGCCGGGGCGCUGGGCGAGCGCCUGGAGGGCACGGCGCGCGCCGGCCAGGUGCUGUUCAUGGAGACAGGCCUGGAAGUGGAGGCGGCCAAGGUGGCGGUGCUGGAGCGCGUGGAGCAGCUGGCGGGCAACCUGAGCCAGCAGGGCCGGCGGCUGCACGAGAUGGACGUGGACGUGGACUACCUCUACAGCUUCCUCUACAAGAACAACACGGUGUCACCUUCGCCGUCCCAGUGUGACUGUGGGCAUCUCGACGAGGUGGUGGCCCGGCUGGAGGUGGGCGUGACCAAUGCCACAGAGCUGGCCAAUGAGAACCGUCUGACUCUGGAGGAGCAGGACCGGGAGGCAGCCAUGGAGGCGCUCCAGAGAAGCUUGCAGCAGGUGAAGGACUGGAUGACGUCAGAGCAGAGGCGGACAACGGCUCUGGAGUCGAGCGCGCGGCCGCCGGAGGCCCGGGACGGCGCCCCAGAGGCGUCCGACGGGAAGCUGUGGGGGGAAAUGAAACGCGCGUCGGCCGAGAUGAAGCGUCUGUCAGCGUCGUUCAACUCGCUGGUGAAGGACGCCACCCGCCACAGCGAGGUCCUGGAGACCCUGCUGGGCGAGGAGGUCCUGGAGUUCCUGGAGUGGCCCGUUCUGGACCAGGAGGCGCACUCCAUCCCGGCACUCAAAGAGCACCUGAGGGUGCUCGAGCAGAAGCUGGGUAGUCGCAACCUGGCCGCCCACACAGGCAAUGAGCGGGGAGAUGCGGAGGAGGCGGCCUCAGCGGUUGAGCCUCCGUCCCGGUGGCUGCGCGGCGCUGCGAAGAGCAGAGCAAGACGAAGAACGUCUCGGGAGCAUCUGCAGCAGUCCGGCGGAGACAGCGGCAACCUGCAGAAGCUGGAAAGGAGUGUGGAGAAGCUGAAGACAAAGCUUCUCCAAAUAGAGGCGGCGCCCUUCUGCCCGGAUGGCGUCCAUGGCAAGGAGGUGGCGCGGCUCAAGCGGGGCCCGCACAAACACCUUGGGACCUACCAGAACUGAACUUUAUUACAUAUUAAAUUGUAGAUAAAUUAUUAGUAUUAUCAUUCAUUCAUUUUUUGGAUUGCUUCAUCCUCUCAAGGGCAUACUGGAGCGUAUCCCAGCAGUCUUUAGGUGGGGGACACCUUGAAGGUGUUGCCAGCCAAUCGCAGAGCAUACAUCAAUGUACAACAAUUCGCACCUACGGACAAAUUGGAGCGCUCAAUUGGCCUACUGUGCAUGUCUUUGGAAUAUGAGAGGAAAGCGGAGUACCCUGAAUCAAACCCACAACCUCUGAACUCUGAGGCGGACAUGCUAACUAGUCGACCACCGUGUUGCCUAUUAUUAUUAUUAAGAUAAGAUAAGAUAAGAUAAUCCUUUAUUAUUCCCUCAAUGGGGAAACUCCUAUGUUAGCAGCAGUACACGUAACAUAUACACACACACACGCAUGCGGGGAAGGGGGUAAGAUAUUAAAAUUUAACUUAAAACCCAUGCUAGAGAACAAAACAAGGGCAGAUGUGAAAUUAGUGAAAGUGUUGACCGGUAUUACGAUUCCGGUCCUGGUUUGGUCCACAUGUCAAAAAAUUAGCAAAGAAAUUAAUGAUUGUGUUCUAAAAUAAAAUCAGAUGUUUGAAA